ACAAUCGGCAGCGCUCGGGGGCGGUCGGCGCGGUCGCCGCCGCCGGCCGGCCGGCAGUCCCUCCAGCGCCGCUCCCGCACCUCCUCGAGCGUCCAGCAUGUCCGAGGCGAGCUCCGCACCGUCGCCGCCGCGGCUCUGCCACCUGGUCAAGUGGCCCACGUUCGACGGCUAUGGGUUCAGCCUGCACACGGAGAAGGCCCGGCCCGGCCAGCACAUCGGCAAGGUGGACGCCGGCUCUCCGGCGGAGGCGUGCGGCCUGCGCGACCGGGACCGGAUCGUGGAGGUGAACGGGGCGCCCAUCUCCGGCUGGGGCCACACGGCCGUGGUGGCCGCCAUCAAGAAGAACCCGGAGAGAGUCAGUCUGCUGGUGGUGGACGAGAUCGGGUGGGAGUACUUCACCGGCAGAGGGGUGACCGUCAGCGCCGGCAUGGAGGGCGUGGUGGAGAGCUCCGCCGAGGGCCGUGAGCCCGGCAAACAGGCGAAAACCAGCCCCCCGAAGCCGGUGCACAAGGGUCCGAUCCCUGUGAAACCUCCGGUUCCGCCAAGCACCGACAAGAAGCAAGAGGAGGACUCCAAGAAAGAGGAGGACGACACCAAGCAGGAGGAGACCUCUACUCCAGCCGAGGCUGCCAAAAAUGAAAAUGGCUCUCCAGUAGCCGACGAAAAGGUCACUGAAAACAAGGAAGAAUCAAAUGAUAACCUGGAUAGCUCCCCUGACUCGGCGAAUAAAUCAGUGGCUGAAGAGAAAACGGAUUCAACCGAGACAGCGCAGAAUGGCUCGUCAGAUGAGCCAAAACCAGCGGAAAACGGGGCGAAGUCAGCGGAGGAGAAGACCGAAAAUGUGGAGGAACCUAAACCAGAGGACGACUCCAAACCUGUGGAGGACUCCAAACCUGUGGAGGACUCCAAACCUGUGGAGGACUCCAAGCCAGAGGAGGACUCCAAGCCAGUGGAUGAAUCUAAACCGACAGAAGAAUCCAAGCCAACUGAGGAAGUUAAAGCAGAUGAAGAAACUGAGGUGGCUGAAGAUGAAUCGAAGCCAGUGGAGGUAGAGUCGAAGCCGGCUGAUGACUCUAAGCCUGUCGAAGAGGAGCCUAAGCCAGCAGAGGAACCUAAACCAGCCGAGGAGGAGCCUAAAGCUGCGGAGGAGCCUAAGGUUGUGGAGGAGGAACCCAAGCCAUCGGCUCUUGAAGCCAGCCUGGUGCCUCAGAUCACUAUCACAACAGAGGAGCCUAGCGACGCGACUCCUGCAGAACAAGAAACGGGUGACGGCGUCGAACCGCCAAAGGAGGACGAGGUCGACAAAGCAGCAGAAGCUGUAGAAGAAACUACAGCGCCAUCGGCAGAGAUCGAGACAAAACCGACGGAGACAGAGACGGCAGAGACGGAGACGAAGCCAGCAGAGACGGAGCCGGCUCCUGCAGAGACGGCGAUGGCUCCUGCGGAGCCAUCUCCGUCUACUGAGCCCGAGACACCAGCAGAGGCGCCGGAGCCGGUAACGGAAACAGAGGCAACCGAGACGGAGACUGCCGAGACGGCCAAAACCGAAACGGCAGAGACUGAGACGGCCGUGAUGGAGACGGUCAAGAUCGAGACUGCCGACGCCGAGACUGUGCAGAAAGAGACGGAGGAACCAGCCAAGGAGGAACCAGAAAAGGAGGAACCAGUCAAGGAGGAACCAGCAAAGGAGGAGCCAGCCAAGGAGGAACCAGCCAAGGAGGAACCAGCCAAGGAGGAACCAGCCAAGGAGGAACCAGCCAAGGAGGAACCAGCCAAGGAGGCGAAACCAGACGGUUCCGAGCCGGGCAAGGUGGAGGAGACGGAAGAGAAGGCAUCUGAGGCGAAGGAGGAGAAACAAGUAGAGCAGCCGAAAGAGGAGCUGAAGCCAGCGGAGGGGGAGAAGUCCGAAGAUAAGCCUGAAGUGAAACCAGAACCACCAGUUCAGCAGGAGGAAAAGAAGGCGGAGCCGCAGGCCGCUCCCGCUGAACCCGCCCCAGCUGCGGCCCCGGCGAAGCGGGCGACUGCGACGCACGACUACGAGCCGAUCCAGUUCAACAGCGCCGCCGCCGCCGCCCCUGCCCCCGCUGCUGCCCCUGCUGUGGACCCAGCAGCGCCCUCCGGGACCACAGAGUCCCAGAAGGCCCGGCAUGACCCCGCGGCACCGCCUGCCUCGCCACCUACUGCUGCCACCGCCUCUCCGCCGGCACCGAACGGCAGCGCGGCUGCCGCCGCGAAACCGUCACCGUCAUCGGCUCAGAAACCAUCGCCGGCGUCCGCUGAGAAACCAGCAGCGGCUGCUAAAGGAGCCGAGAAACCAGCGGCUAAGAAGUCUGACAGCAUCGAGGAUGAGUCGUGGAAGAACCUGACGGUGGCCGAGAUGCGCGAGCGUCUGAAGGCCAAGAAGAGGCACGAUCCUCGCGAGGACAAGAUGUCGUUCAAGAGGCGGCAUGAGAUCGUCUCCAAUAUGUAAGGGUGAGCUGAGCGCUGAUGACAGGGUGAGGGAGAACGAUGACGGCUUCUGACUUGGACUCUCGUUCCAGAGCUGAUGUGAUGAAGUGUUGAUGACUGAGAGUGACAAGUUAGUGACUGAGGCAGAGUUGGGAGUUAGUGAGACGGAGUGGAGUUUCACUGGUGAGGUACUGAGGUAGUGUCUCACAGUGAUCUGCAGGACCGGUCGUGAUGCUACUGAGCUGCCACAAGGGCGUGUUAGAUCGGCAGAUCGCAGCCCUUCUCAUGUAUUUUUCAUCAGAGGUCACUGACAGCCGGAUAGCAACUCAAGGAACGUAGAUCGAGUGAAAUUAUUUCAGAAAUUAUUUCAGGUCGUCAUUGGUUUUUACUUCUAUUCUUCCGAACUCGCAUUGGCCAAACUAAGGACUAGGAGUAUCUUAUGCCUAGCUUUUAUGGCAAUAUUCUGAUGGGCAAGACUCUACAGAACACAUACCAUACCUAUCCUAGAGCCAUAAAUAACUCUCCAGUCAAUGCCACACCCAGUAAUAGCAAUCGACCGAAUUUGCAUUGCAUGGCGAAAUUUGCACCGUAAGUGUACUGUGGGACCGGCGUGAUCGCUAUAUGCAGAGUGGCUGUGGGCUGUGUCACCUCGUGGCCUUCGUAGCACAUCGAGGAUCAAAGCGCUGGAAACGGUGUCGUCAAGGCCUCGGCCGCAGUCAAGGAACAAUCGUGUGAUAUACUUACCGAGGCAAUGAUCAGAGACGAACAUUGACUUGGCCUGGAACUGGGCGGCAUGCAGUCACCGAUCACGGCUUUAGUGGGAUAAGAUUAUUGGCAAAAAUUCUAGAAGAGAUGGGAAGCUAUCGUUAAAUAAGUUUGCACAUUUAUUAGAAGGUGCAAUGUUCACUGCUUUGUGACUUCUACAUAGUUUGAAUUUUGAUACGAUACGAGCCGCGAGCCAGCGCAUAUAAAUGGAAGCGAGACAAAAAUAGAAAAUAGACGUUACACUGCACAACUUAAUUAUUCACACUACGCUUGUUAUGGAUGCAUGAUGUCUGAUGAGCAGAUGUGUUUAAAGGCUGUAGACAUGCCUAUACUUUCUGCGUUAUGGUUGUGCCAUUACCGUGUAGCAGCAGAGGUCAAUGUGAUUGGUUUAAUGUGGAGCUGAAAUCUGUAAAUAUAGUCGUUAUAGGCAUGGCUCGUUCAAACAUGCAUUGCUUACCCUUACACGCAUACGGCCCGGGACUGUUGCAUUAUAAUCGAGAGAUUGUGUAAUACUGAGUCGACCCCUGUGACCAAUCGCACCAUAUCAGUAAGUGACCUGUGAGCCCCUGUCUGUCAUGUGCGUCCACCCGCCGUCGCGGCCGGAGGAAUGUUCGGGUCUCACCAUUGAUUGUCAUUGGUGCGUUGAAGCUGAGCAAACCCCUGUAGAAGAUAUUGGAGGAUCCACACUCACAGCCGCCUCUGGAUGAGCGUGAAGUUAUGGCGACCGCUGUACGACCGUCACGCCAUGUAGAUCGAGUGCUGUUAGACAGCGUGCUUUGUUGUAUGCACUGCUGGUAGAAUCGAUAUAGCUCUUAUUAAUACAUUGUAUAUUCAAAA